AUGGAAAAUGCACGAAAUCUCUACAGAAACGACGUUGAUUUCGCAGCCUUAGCGCUGCAGUCGCGCGACUUCGCCAAGUAUUUGAAACCAAAAUCUCAAUUAGACUUCAGCGACCCAGCCGCUGUCCGGCAGCUCACUACUACCCUCCUGGAGCAGGACUUUCAUUUGAAAGUGGAGAUUCCUGAAGAUCGACUAUGUCCACCGGUACCAAAUAGACUUAAUUACAUUCUCUGGCUUCAGGACCUUCUGGACUCCACCACUGGAGAACUCAAAUCUGGAUAUGACUCCAACCGAGAAGUCGUCGGUCUUGAUAUUGGGACCGGGUGUAUCAGUAUUUACCCACUGCUUGGCUGCACAACCCGGCCCGGUUGGAAGUUUGUUGCAACGGAUAUCGACUCCAAUAACAUAUGCAGCUCUCAGCACAACGUCCAAUUGAACAACCUCGAGCACCGAAUCCGGGUUAUCAAUACUGACGCUGAGGGACCGCUCUUCCCGCUAAACAAGCUUGGCCAUGAAACUCUCGACUUUACCAUGUGCAAUCCCCCCUUCUAUACCUCGCGUGAUGAACUGAUUCAAUCCGCCGAGCAAAAGGCACGGCCUCCAUUUUCGGCAUGUACCGGCGCCGAGGUGGAAAUGGUCACCCGCGGUGGAGAAGUAGCUUUCGUGAAACGCAUGAUCGACGAGAGUCUCGUUUUGCGUGACCGUAUCCAGUGGUAUACAUCCAUGCUCGGCAAACUCAGUAGUGUCUCCGUUCUUGUUGAGAUGCUGAUGCAGCACGAUAAUCACAAUUAUGCCGUCACCGAGUUUGUGCAGGGGAGCAAGACGAAGCGGUGGGCUCUGGCUUGGUCGUGGGGGAAUAAACGGCCUAUUAUGACCGUUGCGCGAGGAAUACCUGGAUUCCCGAAGCAUCUGCUUCCCUUCCCUGCUGAUUACGCGUUCACUUUGGCACCCGGUACAUCUAUUGACACAGCUAGCGCUACCUUAAACAGCGAAUUUGAUUCCCUGCCCUGGUUCUGGAGCUGGGAUCAAAAUACCUCGGCGGGGACUGGUCUCGCCGCUGAGAAUGUAUGGUCUCGACAAGCACGCCGGAAGAUGAAACUCGCUGGCCAGGAAGGCGAAGGCAGAUUGAAAGAGGUACCAGCACGAGUCCAGCUGGGAGUACGCGUGUACCUACGGUUACUCAGACGCCAGAAGCCUGAAAACGAAGAGGUACAAGCAUUGGUACGGUGGACCCAGGGGACAGACAGUGUCCUAUUCGAGAGUUUCUGCGGGAUGGUGAAAAGAAAGCUGGAAGCAAAGUGA